AUGAAGGUCAACCACAGCAGCAGCACCAGGGAGCGCGUCCUCCUGCUGGGCUUCUCCGACUGGCCCUCCCUUCAGCCGCUGCUCUUGGUCCUGGUUCUCCUGUGCUAUGUCCUGACGCUCACCGGCAACUCGGGGCUGGUGCUGCUGGCCGUGCGAGACCCGCGCCUGCACGCGCCCAUGUACUACUUCCUGCGCCACCUGGCCGCGCUGGACGCGGCCUUCGCCACCAGUGUGGCGCCGCCCCUGCUGGCCGGCUUGCGCGGCCCGGCGGUGCUGCUGCCCCGAGAGGGCUGCCUGGCGCAGCUGUGCGCGUCGCUGGCGCUGGGCUCGGCCGAGUGCGUGCUGCUGGCGGCGAUGGCGCUGGACCGCGCGGCCGCCGUGUGCCGCCCGCUGCACCACGCCCGGCUCUGCUCCCCGCGCCUCUGCCGCGCGCUGGCCGCAGCCUCCUGGCUCGGUGGCCUGGCCAACUCGGCCGCGCAGACCGCGCUGUUCGCCGCCCGGCCUCUGUGCGCGCCCCUGCGGCUGGACCACUUCAUCUGCGAGCUGCCCGCGCUGCUGCAGCUGACCUGCGCCGGCGGCCGCGGGGGAGACUCGGUGGAGCGCCAGAUGCUCGCCGCCCGCGUGGUCGUCCUGCUGCUGCCGUCCGCCGUCAUCCUGGCCUCUUACGGCGCAGUGGGCAGAGUGGUGUGCGCCAUGAGGUCCCGCGGGGGCCGGAGGAAAGCGGUGGGCACGUGUGGCUCCCACCUGACCGCAGUCAGCCUGUUCUAUGGCUCUGCCAUCUACACCUACCUGCAGCCCACGCACAGCUACAACCAGAGCCGAGGCAAGUUCGUUUCUCUCUUCUACACUGUGCUCACACCAGCCCUCAACCCGCUCAUCUACACGCUAAGGAACAAAGAAGUGAAGGGGGCAGCGAGGAGGCUUCAGAAAAGUCUGUGGGGGAGGCGGGACCGACAGUGA